AUGAUAUCGUCGACAACAUGGGUUCCGCGCGGAUUUCCGUCCGAAUUCCCGGAGAAGUAUGAAUUGGACGACGAAGAGAUGGAGAGAAUCAAUCAAUUAGCACAAUUGAACUUGGACGAUGCCAAAGAAGAUUUGGACGAAGUGGAAGAAGAGACUGAAGAGACUGAAAACAAUGAGAUCGCCAAGAACACUGAGAGUACUGAAAACACUGAAAGCGUCAGACAAAUUGGGUCUCAGGCCGACGCAGAUGACGAUUUAAAAGAAUACGAUUUGGAACACUAUGACCAAGAUUUGAAUGAAGAAUUGGGUGAAGGGACUGACGCUACCAUGUUUCCUGGCCUAUCUGAUGAAGUGAAAUAUCACGAAGGUGAAAAUGGCGAAGACGCUUUCAUGACAUUGCCUACCGAAGAAGACACACAUGAGGCUAAACAGGAGCUACAAGUUUAUCCUACCGACAACAUGGUUUUGGCUACUAGAACUGAAGACGACAUUUCAUAUCUUGAUGUUUAUGUGUACGAUGAUGGUGCUGGAUUCCACGACCCAGAAGUUGCUCAGGAAGCCGGUGAUGAACAGGACCCGGACGUGGCUCGCGGUAUGGUCCGUGACGGCGCUCUGUACGUGCAUCACGACCUUAUGUUGCCCGCCUUCCCGUUAUGCGUGGAGUGGCUGAACUACAAGCCAGGAUCAAACUCUGAAGAUCCUGCUAAUUUUGCUGCAAUUGGUAGUUUCGACCCACAGAUCGAGAUUUGGAACUUGGAUUGCGUUGAAAAAGCUUUCCCAGAUAUGAUCUUGGGAGACCCACACGCUUCAGCAAACACUGGUACCGGUAAGGGUAAAAAGAACAAAAAGGCCAAAAACAAACACGUCACAACUCAUCACACAGAUGCCGUACUCUCUCUGGCACACAGCAAACAUUUCCGUCCCGUUCUAGCGUCGACUUCUGCCGAUCACACUGUGAAACUGUGGGACUUGAACGAGGGCAUUGCAGCUCGUUCCAUUGCAUCUAUACAUUCGAACAAAAAUGUUUCAUCUUCUCAAUGGCAUAGCACUAGUGGUUCGGUUCUUCUAACUGGCGGUUACGACGCCCGUGUCGCGUUGUCCGACGUUAGAAUAGCUGAAGACUCUAAAAUGAGCAAAUAUUGGUCAGUGAUGGCAGGGGAAGACAUAGAAUGCGUUCAGUUUGCGGGUGAAAAUACUUUCAUGUGUGGUACAGACUCCGGUAACGUUUACUCUUUUGAUAUUAGACAAGGGGAGAACAGCUCACCAUUAUGGACUUUGAAUGCUCACGACGCCGGAAUCUCGACCUUGAACGUAAAUCCCUUCAUUCCCAAUCUUUUGGCAACAGGCGCCAUGGGGGAGAAGACUGUAAAGCUUUGGAAGUGUGGCGAAUCUGGUCCAAGUAUGGUACUAUCCAGAGAUUUCGGUGUUGGAAAUGUCUUGUCGACUUCUUUUGCACCAGACAUUGAAGUGACUGGAAAUAUUGUCAUCGGCGGUGUUGCAAAGGGUUUGAAACUGUGGGAUGUCUUCACCAAUAGGUCUAUUCGUAAGAACUUUGGCAAAGAACUGGCUUCGGUUCAAAAACAAGCUAGACAAGAAGCCAGAGAAUUGGGUAAAGCCUCAAGAAUCGCCAGAAAGUAUACAAAUAACGAUAACCCCGACACUGUGGUAACCGUGGAUGACCAAGGUGAGGAUGAAGAAGAGAAUGAGGCCCAGGAUGGUCGAGACGAUUGGGAAGACGCCGAAUAG